AUGCAGUUGGUUCAGGUCUUGUUCAUAUUAUGUGUCGUGAGCUGCUGUUAUGAUGGAGCACCUGUGUGGGAAUUUCCCGGAACUACAAGCCUUCAAGGUAAUGACGAUGGUAUACCUGAUUACGGAGAACAACAAUCUGACUAUCCAUACGGAAUAUUACCAGAUUUUCCCGAUUGUAUAUGUAUUUGUCCAGUUAAACCUCCUUCAUUCACUGUUCCAACAAUUAAAAUUCCAACAUUUACAGUACCAAAAUUCACUGUUCCAACAAUUAAAAUUCCAACAUUUACAGUACCAAAAUUUACUGUUCCAACAUUUAAAAUUCCAACAUUUACAGUACCAAAAUUCACUGUUCCAACGUUUAAAAUUCCAACAUUUACAGUACCAAAAUUCACUGUUCCAACAUUUAAAAUUCCAACAUUUACAGUACCAAAAUUCACUGUUCCAACAUUUAAAAUUCCAACAUUUACAGUACCAAAAUUCACUGUUCCAACAUUCACUGUGCCAAAAUUCACUGUUCCAACAUUUAAAAUUCCAACAUUUACAGUACCAAAAUUCACUGUUCCAACAUUCACUGCUCCCAAAAUAACGGUACCAACGUUUAAAUUGCCAACAUUCACAGUACAGGUACCAACGGGUACAGUUCGACCACUAUCAUUUUGUUGUGUUGAUUUAUUAAGCUGUAGUAAUUAUGGUAUUUGUCGUAGUAUUCCAUGUAACGGUACAACUAUUGCUACUCGAUCUCCCCGGCAAAAAAUCUAA